UGGAAAUGAGAAGUGGAGUUGGAAUGUUUAGUAACCGGGAUGUUCCGCAGAUCUGGGUCACUUAGUCUACGCUUGGUCUCGAUGAUGUACAGGAGGGGGCCGAACCGAAGGGUCACCAAUCCACAUCCUCGUGAAACGCUGCCUGCUACGCCGUGUUCCAGCACUUUGUGUUUUAUAUAAGAUGGCAUUUUGCAUUUCUUGUAUCUCAAUGAAUUGAGCUUUGUGUUUUAUUUAUUUCAGGAUGAAGCUGGUCGGGAGAGCAGUGCGAGUGUUGAUACUGAAUCGUUGUCAGUGACAGAUGCUGCCCCGGCCUUUGAAACGAUCUAUCGCCCCUUUGUGUUGAACACAAUGAUAAGAGAAAUAUCUGAUGUCAUUAAGUGGAGCAGCUUACAACCUGACGUCUCCGUCACCCUGGAUGUGGAAACAGCGCAUCCGCGGCUCGAGGUGUCUGAGGAUCGGAAGAGGGUGAGAUGGACCCGGACCCACAGGAGUCUCCCUGACACCGGGAAGAGGUUUACAGUCAACCAGCGUCUGCUGGGAUCGGAGGGAUUCACAUCGGGGAGACAUUACUGGGAGGUUGAGGUGGCGGGGAGUGAGUUGUGGAGGCUGGGAGUCGCCGCAGAGUCUGUGGAGAGGAAGAGACUGGUCACACCGACCCCGGAGACUGGAGUCUGGAGCAUCUGGCGGCAGGAUGACGGGUUUAAUGCAUCCACCUCCCCUCCAUCCCCUCUCCACGCCCGUCCCAUCCCCGGGAGGGUGGGAGUUUAUCUCAGUUACGAGUCCGGGACAGUUUCAUUUUACGACGCGGACACCAAGUCCCAUCUCCACACCUUCACUGGGAAUAAAUUCACGGAGAGACUUUAUCCUCUCUUCGCAACUUGGAAGGAAAACCAGUGGCUGAGGAUCUGCUCCGGUUCCGCUCCGGGUGUGUAAAAGUGUCCGGUCCCGGGACCGGCGUCAGGAGCGGGGCUCAGAGGCUGUGGGGCAGAAACCCGGUGGACAACAGGUCGGCGCUGAACGAACG